AUGGAUCAGUUUCUCCUUCAGCGGCGGAAUGUCGUAAUUAUUCUUUUGUUAUGUUUCUUCGCAACGCCUCAUCAUUGUUUCGUGAGUAAUUCACAAGACAAAGUUCAUGGAGCAUGUAACUCCAUUCGCUGCUCCGAAGAUACCGAAUGCUUGGAACAUAAAGGGGAAGCAAGCUGCUACAAUACAACAUGUCCCGUGGACGAGGUUUUUCUACUGUGCUCCUCUGGGUGUGAACCGACUUGUGAGUCAACAACUGAAACUUGCAAGAAUUCCUGUGGUCCACCUUCGUGCCAAUGUCGACCUGGUUUCGUGCGCAAAAACGGGAAAUGCAUUAACAGGAAAAAGUGCCCGAAAACACCUACGAAAUCGGAGACACCGAGUUUGCUGAGGGAAACCUCCCUAAGCCGUCUGACUGCGUUUCGUUGCAUUGCUCUCCAGGACAUCACUGUGAAACAGUUUCUAGACAACCGCAGUGUUUGCCUGACACUGGAAAUUGCGAAGUGGGAUAUAAUGGAUCUUGUUGUUUUAGCUCUGAACCCUACUUGUGCUAUGGUUGAUAUUGAUUGUCUUCCCGGAUACCAUUGUGAAGACACGAGCACAGGAAUGAAAUGUGCACCGGACCGAGCCCCUUCUCAAGAAAGUAAAUCAUCGUGCGCUUUACUCGAGUGUCCAGAAGGAGAAUAUUGUGAAGUUCUCGAUGAGGGACCACGAUGUGUUGUCUUGUCAGAGCUCUGUGCAGCAGUAGUCUGCGCUACUGGUCAGUGUGUUGAAUUCAGUGGCAACUUUGGAUGCUUUAAUACAACUUGUGGUUUGCACGAGGAAUUCAAGAAGUGCGCAAAUUGUGAGCCGACUUGCGAACGGAAGCAAAAACCAUGUGCGAACGAGUGCCUCACUCCAGCAUGUCAAUGCGUGCAAGGCUAUGUCAGACAUCGUGGAAGGUGCAUAAAAAGCGAGAAUUGCGAGAAGUUUGCGGAUUAUGGGAAAUUUUCGAAGCGAUUUUUCCCAAACACCUGA